AUGCUGCUGGUCAGCUCGACGUCAUUCCUCUCCCUGCUCCGUCCUGUCGUCUGCUCCGUCCUGUCGUCUGCUCCCUCCUGUCGUCUGCUCCUUCCUGUCAUCCUCUCCCUGCUCCUUCCUGUCCUCUCAUGCUUUCAGAACACAACCUUUUGUGCGUCGGGCUGGUGUGGAAGCAACUCCUCCUUCUGCGGUGCGGGAUGCCAGAGCGGGCCUUGCACAGCCUCCCGUCACCUCCUCCUCCCCCCCACAUCCGCGUUCAAACCACUCCGCCUCGCCCCACCUCCGCCUUCUCCCCACCUCUUAUCUGCUUCCCCUCCUCCACCUCUUAUUUUCUUCCCCUCCUCCACCUCUCCCCCAUCUUACCUCUCCCUCUCUCUUUUCCCACCAGUUGGAGGGGGAGGGAACAAGGAAGGGGCGUCCACGGGGGUGGUGGUGGGGGCGGUGAUCGAGGAGAUGGCGUGCAAGAACCACCCACACCUGAUCGAGGAGAUGGCAUGCAAGAACCACCCACACCUGGUGCGCCUGCUGGGCUACUGCAUCCACAUGGACGCGGCAACAGGAGCAAUCGAGCAGAUUCUCAUCUAUGAGUUCAUGCACAACGGCGACCUCGAGCGGUGGAUCGGACCAGGAGUGGUGGUCCCUCUGAACCUGCAGCAACGCUUGGACGUGCUCAUAGGUGUGGCUCAGGGCCUGCAGUACCUGCACAGCUUCAACAUCGUUCAUCGGGACAUCAAGCCCGCCAACAUCCUGCUCGACAAAUCCAUGCAGGCCAAGGUAUCUGACUUUGGCCAAGAGGGCCGCUCCGCUCCUGCAGCAGACGUGUACAGCUUUGGAGUGGUGAUGCUGACAGUGAUCACUGGGCGCAAGGCCUUGGUCUACAUGGAACCCCAGAGGACUCUCAACACUCAAGAGAGCACCUCCAUCAACCUCACUGAUUGGGUGGAACCCCUAGUGAAUGCAGCGGAUGCGGACAAAAUCAAAGACCCUCGUCUCGACGCCCCGAGCCCUGUCAUUCUCAGGCUCGCCCGCCUUGCCCUCUCCUGCACCACCAUGUCUGUGACCACUCGCCCCACCAUGGCCCGCACUCUUUCCGAUAUCCUGGCGCUGAGGCAAGAGUGCUUUGGGCAGGAGUUGGAUCCAGUGCUGUCGAAUAUUGACAGAGACUUGGCAGACAUGAGGGGUUCCACCUUCUCCCAGGAGAUUCGGAGGGUGGACACUAUGUGUGGAGGAGGCUCGAGUGAGGUUUGA